GAAAUAUACUUAUUUCAAAGACCUGAAAUUUUUAAGAAAUUAUAACAUUAAAAAGUACUUGGGGAAAAUAUUUUAUUUGACUCCCAAGAGCAGAAGUAAAAAAUUUCUCUGACCAUCUUCUUGUAGCAAGAGAAGAUGACAGUGAAAAAAAUUGCCAUAGUUGGAGCUGGGGUCAGUGGACUAGGUGCCAUAAAGAGCUGUCUGGAAGAAGGUUUGGAACCUACUUGCUUUGAAAGAAGCUUUGACAUAGGAGGAAUCUGGAAAUAUGAAGAAAAAUCAGAAACUGGAAAGCCGAGUAUCUACCAAUCUGUGACCACUAACACCUCUAAGGAGAUGACAUCUUAUAGUGAUUACCCAUUUCCUGACCUUUUUCCCAACUUUUUGCACAAUUCCAAAAUCAUGGAUUAUGUUAGGAUGUAUGCCAAGCAUUUUGACCUCCUGAAAUAUAUUCACUUCUCGUCAAAGGUGAUUAGUAUAAAGAAGCGCUCUGAUUUCUCUUCCAAUGGCCAGUGGAAUGUUGUGGUAGAGACUGAUGGGAAACAGGAAUCCUAUGUCUUUGAUGGAAUCAUGGUUUGCAGUGGUCAUUAUAGUGACCCCUAUUUGCCACUGGAGUGUUUUCCAGGUAUCAAGAAAUUUACAGGCCUCUAUUUUCACAGUCAUGAGUAUAAGAAUCCAGAGAAAUUUAAGGGGAAGAGAAUCCUUGUAGUUGGCAUUGGAAAUACUGGAGCAGAUGUGGCCAGUGAGCUCAGUCAUGUAGCUAAACAGGUAUUCCUCAGCACAAGACGAGGAUCAUGGAUAUUGAGUCGUGUUUGGGAUAAUGGGAAGCCCCUAGAUAUUGUACUGUUCACAUGCUUUAAGAAUAUCCUCAAAAAAAUGUUAGGCAACUCCAUUAUCAACAGAUGGGCAGAGAACAAAUUAAAUGCAAGGUUUGACCAUGCCACAUACGGUCUGCAGCCUUAUCAUAGUUUCCUAAGUCAUCAACCAACUUUCAGUAAUGACUUGCCUGGCCAUAUUAUUGCUGGAAGAUUACUAGUAAAAGCAAAUGUGAAAGAAUUUACUAAAACAACUGCUGUUUUUGAGGAUGGUACUGAAGAAUAUAUUGAUGUUGUUAUCUUUGCCACUGGAUACACCUUCUCUUUUCCUUUCUUGGAUAAUAAUUCAGCAGUGUUGGACAGCGAGUACUCCCUAUUUAAAUACGUCUUCCCUCCUCAACUGGAAAAACCAACACUGGCAUUCAUUGGUAUUAUCCAAACAGUAGGAGCUACUAUUCCAACAUCAGAAAUCCAAAGUCGAUGGGCUACCCGUGUGUUCAAAGGACUGAACAAAUUACCUUCAGUGAGUGACAUGAUGGCUGAAAUCAAACAGAUGAAAAAUGAGCUGGAAAAACAGUUUGUGAUAAGUCUUCGUGAUACACGGCGGGUUCAGUACAUUGACUACAUGGAUGAAAUUGCCUUGGAAAUAGGAGUAAAACCCAAACUUCUUUCUCUCUUCUUCUGGGAUCCAAAGUUGGCCUUAAACAUUUUCUUUGGUCCUUGUACUCCAUACCAGUACCGCUUGCAAGGACCUGGGAAAUGGGCAGGGGCCAGGGCAACCAUUUUGACUCAAAGAGAACGCAUCAUCAAACCCUUAAGAACUCAAAUUGUCAGCAAUAACCAACUUCCAUCCUCUGUCCCAUUUUGUCUUCUAGGUGCCAGUGUGGCCCUUCUCUUUGUUUUUAUCUUAGUAUUCUUUUAAGGAUAUUUCUUUUCAUCAUUUCAAUCAUAUAGGCCAACAGAUUGGUUAAGGGACAAAUGGGACACCAUUGGGCUUUUGCUUCAUUAGGCACUAGAGCAGUUAGUCAUUUAUCAACAUAUAUUUCUCAUGCACAUUUGGCUCACAAAUCACAGAUUUCAAAUUAAGACCAACUUUAACUGUGUAGCCCUCUGGGGACUGAAAAGUUAUUACCCUGGUUCCAUAUCAUUCAUGAAGCUCAGUAGAAUAAAUAAUCAAACAUACCUUAUAUAGUCAAAAUGAUUAAUCCUUGACUUUAUUGCCAUUUUAAGAUGUGUAUAGAUA